AUGUGGGAUAAGAGGCUGGUCAGAUUGGCCUUGUUGCAGCAGCUUCGGGCUGUUUACGGCAUUAAGGUCAAGGGUGGACGUGGGCAGUGUGACCGCAGGAGACAAGAAACAGCAGCCACGGAAGUAGGGGGGAAAAUAUUUGGAGUACCUUUUAAUGCAUUGCCCCAUUCCGUUGUACCAGAAUAUGGACACAUUCCAAGCUUUCUUGUUGAUGCCUGCACAUCUUUACAAGAGCAUAUUCAGACAGAAGGACUUUUUAGGAAAUCAGGAUCUGUUAUUCGUCUCAAGGCACUAAAGAAUAAACUGGAUCAUGGUGAAGGUUGCCUGUCUUCUGCACUUCCUUGUGACAUUGCAGGACUUCUUAAGCAGUUCUUUAGGGAAUUGCCAGAGCCAAUUCUCCCUGUUGAUUUGCAUGAAGCGCUUUUCAAAGCUCAACAGUUAGGAACAGAGGAGAAGAAUAAAGCUACACUGUUGCUCUCCUGUCUUAUGGCUGAUCAUACAAUUGAUAUAUUAAGAUACUUCUUUAACUUUCUCAGGAAUGUUUCUCUAAGAUCCAGGGAGAAUAAGAUGGAUAGUAGCAAUCUGGCAGUAAUAUUUGCACCAAAUCUUCUCCAGACAAGUGAAGGACAUGAAAAGAUGUCUGCUAACACAGAAAAAAGACUGAGAUUGCAGGCUGCAGUAGUACAAACCCUUAUUGAUUAUGCAUCAGAUAUUGGGCGUGUACCAGGUUUUAUCCUGGAAAAGAUACCAGCUAUGUUGGGCAUUGAUGGUCUCUGUGCUACUCCAUCACUGGAAGGCUUUGAAGAGGGUGAAUAUGAAACUCCUGGUGAAUAUAAGAAAAGGCGAAGACAAAGUGUUGGAAAUUUUGUUAAUGGAGCACUGAAUAAAUUGAAAUCUAACAGAACACCCUGUAUUACACCUCAGCAGGAUAGAACUGCUCAACUGUCUGUAUCACCAGUGAUUCUUACACCAAAUGCUAAGCGUAAACUGCCAGUAGAUUCUUCUCAUGGUUUCUCAAGUAAGAAAAGGAAGUCCAUCAAACACAAUUUUAACUUUGAUCUGUUGCCAAAUAAUCUCUUCAAUGGCAGUUCCACACCAGUACCAGUUCACUUUGAUGCAAGCCCAGAAGUGUCAUCUCAGAGUUCACUCUCUCCCAUAGCCAUCAGUGGAAACCAUUUGACCAGCACAGAUGUGCUAAGGCGAAGUAAAAGGAUUGCAGGCAAAAAAGUCUGCAGGGUGGAAUCAGGAAAAGCAGGCUGCUUCUCUCCUAAAAUCAGCCGUAAAGAAAAGGUUAGAAGAUCUCUCCGUUUGAAAUUUAGUCUGGGGAAAAAUAGCAGAGAUGGAAAUGGAUGUUCUGGUGUCAAUAGAUAUGAAAAUGUUGGUCGGAGACUUGCAAAUCAACAAAAUUUAGAAAAUAGGAUUGAAUCUGUAAAAACAGGCCUACUUUUUAGCCCAGAUAUAGAUGAAAGAUUACCAAAGAAAGGUUCAAAAAAGAUCAGUAAGUCUGAGGAAAACUUAUUAACUCCUGAGCGACUAAAUGAAACAAGUUACCGGAUGUCUUGGACAGGACCUAGUAAUUCAAGUUUUCAAGAAAUGGAUGCAAAUGAAGCUUCUCCAAUAAUGGGAAAUCUUGAGGUGGGAAACUUUUCUUUGGAACCUGAUAUAACUGUUGAGAAGUCACCUGCUACAUCAUGUGAACUUAGCCCUUCCACUUUACACAGCAAGCCUAACAGCAGUGUAAUCGGAAGYUCCCUUAGUGGGGAUGAAAAUAACUUGACCUCAGAGACUCUGGUGAAGAUUCAGAAAGCAUUUUCUGAGUCUGGAAGUAAUCUUCAUGAAUUGAUAAAUCAUAGGCAGUCAUCAGUUACUAAUGAGGGGAAAGAAAAAUUAAGUGAAACAUCUGAUAUACAGUAUAGUCCAAAGAAAAAUCUAUUUAAAACUAAUGAUUUGACUGUGAGAGAAUCAGUAGAAAAGUAUGAAAACCACACUGGUAAAGACGAAAAUUGUUUUUCAGAAAUAGACCUCUCACCAUAUCAAACUCAAAAAUUUGGUAGGGAAGCAUCUGUAAAAUGUUACUCAACAGAGAUAAAGGUAGAACAUGAAAAAGACAUUCAUUCAAAAGAUUACUUAAAUGAGCAAAAAUUCCCCAAUGAUGAACAAAUUAAGAAGCAGUGUUUCCCACAAAAUAAACUAAAUACUAAAUCAAAGGAGAAUGAGAACAUGAUCAAAGAGAGCUUAGUGAAAUGUACAGCUUCUAGGGAAGAAGAGGAUAAGUCCUCUUUCUCACCGCAGAGUACUUGUCAUAUAACAGCCCUUUCUAAACCCAGGCCUAUGAGAAUUGCUAAACAACGAUCACUUGUAGAAAAAUGUGAUAAAACGGUUUCUGAAAGUUUACAAAUGACAGAGCAUGGAAAAGUUUCAGAUCACAUACARUGGUUUAAUAAACUUUCUUUAAAUGAACCAAGUAAAAUAAAAGUGAAGUCACCUCUUAAGUUUCAGCGCACUCCAGUCCGUCAGUCUGUCAGAAGAAUUAAUUCUUUGUUGGAAUAUAACAGACAACCUAAACAGCAGAAGUUGGCAAGUCUUGGUGAUGUUGCUUCUCCCCUGGUUAAAUCAGUGAGCUGUGACAGUGCUCUUCCCUCUUGUACAGAAAGUACGUCAAAAGAUUCCUCUAUUUCACAUAUGAAGUCAGUUCCUAAAGAUCAGAGGUCUACAUCGCAUGAACAGUCUGUCAUUGGUGAAAUUUCAAAAUCAAGCGUGGAGUUAACCUCUACAUCUUCCUUAAAGAAGAAGAGGCACCCAGGUUCUGUGAAUGCUUCUCUUGGGUCUACUAGAGUUUGCAAGCAGGAGGUGAUAUCGGAUGGCCAAAUUAAGGUUCCCUUUGAUGACCUGACUAAUCAUAAUAUAUUAAAAUCUGUUGUAAAUAACAAUGUGGGUUUUUCUCCUGAGAUAAAAAAUAAGGUCCUUAGGAAACAAUCAGAAARAGAAAGGGUCUGGUACAAAGGUUCUCCAAAAAAUCCUAUUGGAAAGACUCAACUACUACCAACAAGUAAACCUGUAGAUUUGUAAUAGGCAAAUGUUAUACUUGACAUUAAUGUAAAUAAAAUUAGCAAUUGAUUAUGUGACUUGUAGGAUAAUCCACAUAUUAGUUUGUAUUGUUAAGCAGUAGGUUUUCUCAAACAUUUUAAUUUCACAGCAUAACAACUUGGAUUUUUAUACUUGUACAUGUGACUACUAUGUUUUUCUUAAUUGUAGCAGUAUUUAAACUUUAAUUUUGUUGUGAUCUCUU